AUGAUCCGUCGCAAUUCAGACAUCGAAGUUCAGCUGCCUGAUGCCGAACUUACUGGUGCGCCCGACUCUCUUAGUGAGCCUGACAUAGAGAUGCUCUCUGAGGAGUCGGCCCCUUCACUUAGUCUUCCAGCCCACCUCGCAACGCGUUUCGCUCGAAAAUCAAGCGUCAUCCGACGCUCUUCGGCGGCUUCUUCCCGACGAAGCUCGACUUCUUCCCUACAUUCGCAGCACUCAAAUACGAUCUCUCAUGGAGCAACCGCCACCGACCAUAUCGCGCAACAUCUUCGACGGGCCUCGAUCCUCGAAAGCCGGAAGGCAAGACUAGCGGACCGUGCAUUACACGCAGAAAAAGUGAGGCGACGAGCGGCUCUAACCAAAGCGACUACUCGAAACCUUCAAAGGGAAGGGAGAGCCCUGGCUGCUCAACAGGCUCGUGAACGGUUGCUGGCGGAAAUAACAGCCAAGUGUGAGGAGGAAGUUCGGCGCGCGAAGAAGAAGGCGGAGGACAACCGUGAGAAAAAGGCCGCUGAGCACGCACGUCUCCGAAUAGAAAUGGUAGAGAAGUUUGCGGAGGCAGAGAAGAGACGACUACUAUAUCAGCAAACCCCCAGGCGCCACCGCACAAGCAGUUCUACCGAGGAGAAGAAAUCCGUGGAUAUGAAGCCUAUCAGUGAAGAUGCCGCGGCGCGCAAAAUCCAGCGUGUGUGGAGGACGUAUAAUGCGAAAGUAACCAUUGGAGAUUUUCUCACUCUUAAUGUCACGAAAGAGCGCAUCCGCGAUAUGACCUUUGAAGAUGUUGGUUCCUUGUUAUCGGAGGAGCGAAUCUUAUCUACGACAGCUCGAGUUCUUCGACUGUGCGGUUUGCAGGACAUGGAAAGCGGAACCCUGCGUGGCAGAGGCGCUGUGCGCACGUUCCUUAGCAGCUACCUUAUCGUCACACAUCCCGCUGAGGUUCUGAGCGGCGAUGGCGAACAGGAGCAGGACCUAAUCUUCAAAGCUCGUGAACUUCUUUCUGCUUUUGAACAAGUGACAGUUCUACUCUCGUCUGGCUGCUGCUCACCAGCAAUCAUUUCCACAGAGAUUCAAACCUUAUGUGAGGAGUAUAAUGUAUUCUUCUCUGCGUUUCACGCGUGGAAGAUACAUGAUUCAAGCGUACUGAUUGAAAUUAUGCUAGCCCAGUUUCUUGAACUGGAAUUGAUCUGGCAAACAGUCAAGGACGACCAGGCCGGGGGUGUUGCAGAUGAUUACCGUCAAGGCAUCAGACAAAACCAGAUUCUACUCCUUGCCCGACUUAAGCGCUUGGCAGGCCCUGAUAGAGCGAUGCAGAUGGUUCGAGAUGCAUUAAAGAAAGCCAAACGACAAAAGAAAAGCUCGGCUCCCAAGCGAGCUAUUCCCCGAUCAGCAGAAGUUGCCUCUGCGGCAACAACUACAGAAACUCUUACUGAGAGCGUGGCUUCGCCAAUCAGCGAAAGCUUCAACAAUGUGGACAGUACAGUACUGCAGGAGCUAGAGAAGCAACAUGUAUCUCCUCACGAGCGAUUCACCAGGAUGCUUACUGCACUUCCGGAGAAUCGUGCCUUGGUCCAUGAGCUCCUCAUCAACAAAGAAUACAAAAUCGAAGAGAAUUCCUACACAGAGCCGCGCAAGCGGAUCAUGGAGCACAUGUGUGCUAUGAUGCGACGAGAUGUUGAGGCUGGGUCCGCUACAAAUUGGAUUGUAGCAAUGGCUACAGUCAUUCAGGAUCGUUUAUUACGCUCCCUUCGGCCCGGUAACUCGCUCCAUGUGCUCAUCAGUGAAGUUCUCGAUCCAACCUUAGUAGAGAGCCAGUGUAAGGCUGGAGCUUUCUCUUAUGACGCGUUUUUCAAUUUCAUGACCAUGAUCCUGCCGAAGCUUUGUGCACCCUACCGUGAUCCUGUUGUCAAUGCCUUUACCGAGAACACAUCAGGGGAUGCAAUCGAUCGCUUGGCGAGACUCAUGGGCCUCAUUGACCUUUUGUCUCUAGAUCACACCAAUUUCAUGAUUCAUGUCGCUGCUCCUCAACUCAUUCAAGAGGCUCCAGGAUAUGAACAAAGAACGUUUGAGAGGGGUCUCCAAGAUGGAAGCUUAGGUUUAGGAAAGACCCGGCGUUUCUGGCGGACGCAUCGGAAGAUUAUGGCUGACGAGAUGCGAAAGCGUGAUCCCGAACAUGUUCAUGGGGAACCACAACCAUCCACCUCCAAGAUUUAUGCCCAUGGCCUUGUGGAUCUUGUUCUCAGCAAUGCGCCUAUGUCUGGCGAUUUGAUUCCCGAGACACUGGAGCUAGAUCGCCAGAGGCUGACCGUGCUACAUGCUCAUGCUUUCAAGAUAGUUGCCACUGCUUCAAUACUCUUGACUGCCAAAAACCUACUCAAGCGGGAUGCACGAGCGCAAUGGAAGGCUGAAGCAGAUCGAAUCUUGUCAUUGGACUUCAAUGAUGUUUCAUUGGAUCGUGUUCUUUCAAUUCUUGAAUCUACCCACCCUAUGCCGUCCAACGCCAGUGCUCAGCUGGCUGCGACGAUUCGAAGAGUACUCCCGCCCGUCGCGACAGCAUGUGCAGCAGCAUCUUCCUCGGCGGGCCAGAGCUCGAUUGAAAUCCAUACAGAGAUAUUGGGGCUGGGCGCACAGUCUACGUCGGACUUGUGUCACUCUGCAACCACGUCCAAUAUACCUGGGAACAGUGUGGCUAGUUUCGCGGACCCAGUUGCGCGUCUAAUACUCUCCCGCUUGCGCGCACAUGUGCUUUCGCGACUCAGUGCAUCAAGUGCAAGCGAAAGAGUGCGAGCAACAAGUACUGCUAGCCAAAGUUUGGCUGGAGCAGGAAUGCCCGAGUUCGUAAACCAGGUCGGCCAGUUGACAGAGGAAUUGGGCAAGAAUACUCGUAUAAGAAUGCACCUGCGGCUUGGAUAUAAUUAUGUGCGCUCUAUCUUGCCUCCAUCUACUUCCACGAACCGCGGAGCAUCUCGUCUGCAACCCCACUCUUCGAACUUCCUCCCCACUGUCAAUUCUCCUAGCAAUAUAGCAUCGCAACAACAGUCACCGCAGAACGAGUCGGUCAAACAGAUCCAAAUCAAACCACCUGUCAUGACGGCGCUCACCACUGUGCAAACCCCUCCGAAGCUUGCUCUCGCCCUCCUUUCCGACCUAACCCCACCAUCCCUCGAACGCACGUGGCUCUCAGCACCACAUCCGACCCUCCCUCUCGUCGCAACAUGCAGCUCCGAUAAGACGGUUCGCGUUUACUCACUGAUUAACUUUCGCCUUCUCUCUACAAUCGCUGGUGGCCAUAAGCGGAGCGUUCGCACCUGCGCCUGGAAGCCGAACGUCUCCGGCGAAAGCGUCCUCGCGACGGGAAGCUUCGACGCAACUGUAGGCAUCUGGCGACGAUGGGAUAACUAUGGGGAGACGGCAGCCUCGAUUUACGACGACGGCAACGCUGCGCAGUUUGGAGGCGAUGAAGACGUGGGGCAAGACGAAGACGAAGAGUGGCGCUUCGCUGUUCUCCUCGACGGACACGAUAGCGAAGUCAAGUCUGUCUCAUGGUCUGCGUCCGGCAUGCUUCUUGCCACGUGCUCACGGGACAAAUCGAUCUGGAUAUGGGAAGACCUCGAUGACGGAGACAACAAUUUCGAGACCGUAGCUGUGAUGCAAGAGCAUGAGGGAGACGUCAAGUGCGUUGCCUGGCAUCCCACAGAGGAAUGUCUUGCUAGCGGUAGCUAUGACGAUACGAUCCGCAUUUGGCGUGAGGAUAUCGAUGACUGGGGGCAAGUUGCCUGCAUCAGGGGGCACGGGGGCACGGUUUGGGGCAUUGAUUGGGAGGAUGUCGAGAAUAUGCCGUUCUUCUCAUAUUCGGAGGAUGGAUCUACGCAGGAGGAAGAGUGGAAAAAGCGGCAUGUACUGUCAGGGCCUCGUCUUGCGUCUUGCUCGCAUGAUCGGUCUGUUCGCAUUUGGCGACGACAGCCUAGGGCGCAAGUGAACGCUCCUGAAGCCAGUGCGAUGCCAAGUAUUAUCCGACCAUCUGGCACGGACGAAACGUGGGAGGAAGAUGCUGUUCUUCCGCAUGCGCAUGAGCUCUCGAUUUACGCCGUUGCUUGGAGUCGACGAACAGGCUUGUUGGCGUCUGUCGGUGCUGACGGGCGCAUAGUAGUCUACGAGGAGCGAUUCAGUGUCUCAUCUCAUAUUGAAUCGCAACCCAUGGAUGCUGAUGCAGAACGAGCAAAUCCUAUCGAUGGAGCAACUGCGCUACACCCAUCUACCGAAUGGAAUAUUGUUGCAGUCAUGGAUGGUGCGCAUGGAAUCUACGAGAUCAACCAUGUUUCGUGGGCGAUACGGGCUGACCGGGGCCGUGAUGAUAAUAAGGAGGAGGUGCUAGUUACUACGGCGGAUGAUGGAAGUAUAAAUGUGUGGACACUGAAACGAUGA